GCGAGGGCAACCCCGGCGCCGGCCGACUCCAGCCGCCCCGCACCGCACAGCGGACUCUGCGGCACCAUGACCUUCGCUCAAGCGGCAGGGCGAGCCGGUGAGGGCGGCGGGCGGCGGGGGAGCGGAGUGAGGUGGAGCGGAGGGGACCCCGCUCGACGCCCCGCGCCCCACGAGCCUCACGGGCGCCCCGCAGGUGCCGCUGCGGCGCUGGCGCUGCUGUGGCUGCUGCUCUGCGCACCGGGGCACGCUGGCUGCCGCCUGCUCACGGUGGCCGAUCUCUUCGACCGGGUGAUCCAGCACUCGGGCAGGAUCCACAGCCUCUCCACGGCGCUCUAUGCCGAGCUGGAAAAACACUUCCCUGCCCGUGACAACGAGCUGGGAAAACCCACUCGGAAGUGCCACACGUCGGGGAUGCUGACCCCCAAUGGCAAAGAAUAUGCCCAGAAAAUCCCGAGAGAAGAGCUAACUCAUUUGAUACUGAAGCUUUUGCAAGCCUGGAAAGAACCACUUUCCCACUUUAACCAGCACAUUGAGCACCAUCAAGAGCUACCCGAUGACAGCCUUAGCAAAGCUAAGCAAAUCAGCAAUAUGGUACAUGAGCUGAAGACUGGAGUUGAGAAAGUAACAGAAAAGAUGCAGUCAAUGGGGAUCAUCAGCAAUUCAUUAAAUGGAAUUACAUCAGCUGAAGUUGCUGAACUAUCAAUGAGUAAUGAGGCAAACAUGAUGAGUGACUCAGACUUUAUUCACUGUUUCAGGAGAGACUCCAAUAAAGUACAAAGCUACUUAAAAAUUCUUAAGUGUAGGAUUAUGCCAGAAAAUAGUUGUUGAGUUGUAAUCUCUUGACAAGUAGUCUUAAGCAUACUGUAUAUAAAAAAAUGAAAGAACAGAAUUUAUAAAUUAUCACAUUUGCAGUACUUGUAAUAGGAAAGUGGUUUUGAAAUGAUUUGGCAGCUAUGUGACAACAGUUGACCUGUGCAGAUGAAAUGUUAAAGCAUUGUGUGUGUGGGUUAACUCACCAGAUAUCCCAACAGUAGACGAAUAAAUAUCCUUCCAUGUGACACUGUGAUAGACAGUAUUAUGGGUAAUUUACACAAUUUAGAUAUAUCCAUAGUUGAAAGUGAAAUUCAGAUUGUUAAACUUUGGUACAGAUACAUCUACAUAUUACCAAUAAAGUACAUUUUUAUAUUAAAAAAAAAAAGUUUCCCAUCAUUUUCCCCAGUGGGCUGGGCUGGCCACUAAACGAGUGACAGAUUCUCUCUAUGAAUCACUCUCUCCCUUCCCAAAGAGAAAAAAAUAAGGGAAAUAAGGGAAAGAGAUUAAUUGGAAAAGAAAACUAAAACUACUUUAAUGGAAAUAAUAACAAUAAAUAUGUACAAACCUAAUAGUGAUCCCAACACCCCUGAUGGCAGUUAGUCACCAUCACCACUGAUGCUGUGGCAGAAAUCUCAGACUGGACCAAUAGGCAGGAACCUGAU